CUGCUAACUGCUGCAUUCUUCUUCCUCACAUUACACUCUGUCUUUUCUCCUUGCCCCUUCAGAUCAUCAUUUCUUCUCAUACACAAUUGUUCAAAAACUCAUUCAAGUGAAGUUGUUCAUCCAUCAUACAUUAUAAUGAUGAGAUUUCAGACGGUAAACCCAGAUUGUCCUCCUCUGAGCAAUGCCAAAAAGUCCAACUCGAAACUAACAGCAACAAUGCUCAAGGAAGAUGACAGUAGCAAUGGCAAUAUUGAAAACGGAAGAAGCAUCCUAAAAGAUAGCCUCAAUAACACCAACACUUGUACGGUCAUUGAAGGAACUAAGGGAUUCAGAUUCAGAUCCCCAUCUAGAACCCAAGACCACACCAACAACUUGUCCAAUUCUCCUCCACAGACACAGGCAGCUGAAAGCCAACCCCAUGACGGACCUAAGAACCAGCAGCUGAGCCAGAAAGGGGAUGCUAGCCCCAACCGUUGCGACGUGCUGCUCCAGUGGGGUCAAAAGAAAAGGGCAAGAGUCUCAAGAUCUGAUACCCAUACCCGGGUUGUGACUGAUGAUUCGUUGUCAUCAUCCAUUCAAGCAAGGCAGACGAUGGGCAAUAAGGUGCAGAGAAGACUCAUACAUGCUGCCAUGCCCCCUCCACCACCAGCACCUCUCAACAGCCGAAGUUCAAAUCUUAAAAGUGGUUCUCUUCCAAGCAAGGAAAACCCCGGAUUCAUUGGCAACAGGAAUUUAGAAGAGCGAUCAGCUGCUGCAAAUGGGUCACCAUCAAGAAACAGUGGUGGCAGUAGAUCUGUUUCUAGAUCUACGGCAGGAAAACGGUCUCCUCCUCCAGAGACCACUGAUAGAAAGAAAUCUUGUUCUGGUUCAGCUAAAGAUGAGAAACAAAAUGGACAAGUUGGUGUAGCUGAUCGGUUCAAUCAUGUUGUUUCUGCUCCAGUUCAAUCAGGACAAGAAACUGGAACUGUUUCGGUAGGUGGAGAAAAGGGGAAGGCUGAAGUGAUGGAGUGGCCUAGGAUUUACGUUGCACUGUCAAGGAAGGAGAAGGAAGAUGAUUUCUUAGCAAUGAAAGGAACCAAGCUGCCACAGAGACCAAAGAAAAGAGCAAAGCAAGUUGAUAAAAUCCUGCAGUAUUGUUUUCCAGGGAUGUGGUUGUCAGAUUUGACAAAGAGCCGAUAUGAGGUUAGAGAGAAGAAAUCUGCAAAGAAGGUAGCUCGGCUUCUCUUUGCCUUCUUAUUACAAGUCUUCUGCACUAAUGAAUUCAUCCUUAGAUAUCUACAAUUCAAAUUCAUCUGUUCUACAACCAGGUAGGUAGGCAUCACUAAAUAACCAAGUUAGAUUAGAUUGCUUCAUGAAUCUAGCUCCUGAGUUUUAUUGGGGGAAGCACGUGGUGUGCCUGGUCUAUUCAUGGACCCCAUUAUGUUAUAUUAUACCCUACCUAAUGGAGGCUUUGUCUAGGAUAGUUGGAAUGAAUUACUGGGUAUAUAAAUUCUACUUAAAAUCUUUUUGUGCAUCAUGCAUUUUUAGAAGAUCAUGUGAGGUGGGUGUGAAUCAAACAUGAUACCUGAUGAUGUGCUUUAUGUGCAGCAGCGGCGACGGGGGUUGAAAGGAAUGGAGAGCAUGGAUAGUGAUUCCGAUUAAUUUUAUGUAGAGAAGAAGAGAGGACAUGGCUGAUUGUUUGGUAGGUCAAAUAGGAUGCCUUGAAGCAGUGAGUUUUGAGCAACAACAGACAAGGAUGCCUGCAUUUUUUGUUUGUUUUUGGCAUCCACGGCCUUCAGAAUUGGAAUUUGUAUAUAAAGCGUGCCACCAAAAUGGUAAUUGAUUGGUGCUCUUUUAUUGUUAAUGAUUUUCAGGCAUUUAUAAUUCUUUGGUUCAUGUUCUUGCUCUUCCUUGUACAAAGCUGCUCUGCAGUUUUCCCUCAUCAAUGGAAAAUGCUAUUUCUUUUAACAAUUUACACUAAUUCUUAAAAUUUGAGUAAACAAAUCUUUCCCCG